CAUUUCUCCUCAUUCCAAUACAUACACACCAAAGUCUCUUUUGGAGCAAAAAGAGAAAUUUAACAAUGGGUUCAAGAACCACAAGCUCUUUAGCCAUUUUCUUGAUUCUCAACAUCCUCUUCUUCACAACAAUCUCCGCCUGCGGUAACUGCGGUUGCCCUUCUCCCAAGCCAAAACCUAACCCUAAACCCAAACCAACCCCAAACCCUAGCCCUGCCACAGCCAAAUGCCCUAGAGAUGCCCUUAAGCUUGGAGUCUGCGCCAACGUGCUCAACGGUCUACUCAACAUUACCCUUGGCCAACCACCGGUCGAGCCAUGUUGCACGCUUAUAAAAGGACUCGCUGAUCUUGAGGCUGCUGCUUGUCUCUGCACCGCGCUCAAGGCUAAUGUCCUCGGGAACAACUUGAACAUCCCGAUCUCUCUCAGUCUGCUUCUCAAUGUUUGUAGCAAAAAGGUUCCCCCUGGCUUCCAAUGCUGAUUAAGAUUCUAAUCAUAUACAACCAUCACAGUUCUACAUAUCGUCUUUGUAUCUCGUGUUUUGUAAUGUGUGUAUUUAUGUAUGUGUGUAUGUGAUUCCUACAACUCUGAACUUCACAGUUAAUUUUUAUUUUGAUUUCUUAUACGGUCAUUUGUGGUGAUGUUGUAUCAUUUCUUGUUGUAUAAUUAAUAAAUCUUGUGUGUUUAAUAUU